CUCCGGUCCUGCUCAGGAAGUCACGCCGUGGAGCCAGGGCUGUGCCCGGGAUCCGGGCUCGAGGUGUCUGCCCAGCCCCGGGCGUGGGGACCCGACCGGGCAGCAUCAGCUGCGGGAGCUCCAGCGGCAGCUAGAGCACAGCUGGAGCACCGAGGGCUCACCCAGCGGGAGGCUGGACAGGGGCGGGUGCCGGACGGAGCUGAGCACUUGGAGCCUUUGGCACCUCGGGCCGAGAUUUGGCAGCAGCAGCAGGAAGCAGCAAGGAAUCGUUUCGGUGUGAGCUGGCCGGUGAGUCACCGGACAAACUCAUCCCGCUGCUGCUCCCCGCAGCGAGGGGCGCUUGGUGCAGGUGCUGGAGGAGAGCUUCUCCCCGGGAGGCUGGUGCAGCCCCGCGACUGCACGGACAGUUUUUAGGUUGUUCACCAUGAGUGUGGCUGUGCUCCUGCUCCUGGGGCUGGGGCUGCUGGAGGCAGAAGGCAGAAGGAACCGGUGUUUCUUCAACCGCACUCAGGAGUACUGCAAGUGCUACAACCUGUCCGAGGAAACCAUCGGCAGCAUCAUCCAGUGCCUCCCAGCAACUGUGGUGGAGUUUCAGGGUGGAGACCUGGAGAAAUACAUAGCCUUCCCCAUCGGGGACCUGGACUCCUCCGCCAUUGAAACUCUGGACUCCCUUACCAUCCAGAAAAUAAUAAUUGGAAAUGUCCUGGUGCCUGAGAUACUCCUUGCCCGUGUGCUGAGGUUCUUCUCCUACACCCACGUGCAGGAGCUGGCCUUUGAGAGCUGCAUUUUCCAGGGGACAGGCAACUGGAGUGACAUGGAUGGCCAGAACUUGCCCAUACUGUCCCUGAGCUUCCACAACGUGACAUCUGCCCCACUGACAGGCCAGGAACAGGCCUUCUCCAGCCUGAGCAGCUGGCUGGGGACCCUGGAAGAGCUGGCUGUCACCGGCUCCCGCAUCACCAGCCUGCCCUGUGCCAUCGGGAGGGUGUUCAGAGCUCUGCACUCCCUGGACCUGGCACAGAACAGCCUCGGGGAUGGAAGCCUGAGCCCCGCCUUCUGCCAGGGAGCUUUCCCUCAGCUCCAAGGGCUGAGCCUGCGCCACAACAACCUGAGGUCCUACCACAGCACGUGCAAGGGCGUGGAGUUGCUGCUGGAGCUCCAGCACCUCGAUCUCAGCCACAACGAGCUCACGGCAGACCCAUCCCCCUCGUGCCAGUGGCCAGCAUCCCUCCGGCAUUUUAACCUGUCCAGCACUGGCUUGGAUGAAGUGCCGACACCGCUGCCUCCCAAGCUCGAGGUGUUGGACAUGAGCCACAACCACCUCCAUGCUGUCGACAUCUCCCUCAGCUCCCUGAAGAAGCUCUUCCUGGACCAAAACCUGUUGCAGGCUGUCCCCUCCAUCAGGAAUUACCCCAUGCUGGACACCCUUCACCUGGACAACAACUCCAUUACAGAGCUGCCGAGGGAUGAGGUGAAGCUCCUGGGGCACCUGCAGGACGUGGCUGUGGCUGACAACCCCUUCAGCUGCUCGUGCUCUGGGGCCGGGGCGCUGCAGGCGCUGGCAGCCGCGGGGCACCUGGGGCAGGGCUGGCCCGGGGACUACAGGUGCCACUCGCCAGCUCAGUACCAGAGCUGGCCGGUGGCACAGGUGCCGGUGUCGGUGCUGCGCUGUGACCCUGCUGCCGUGGUGGCCCCAAUCUGCGUCACGCUUGCCCUGCUUGGCCUGGCCGGAGCUGUCUAUGUGGCCAGGGCCAGGCCCUGCCGCAGAGCCUGAGGGGUACCUGGACCCUUCCCACCAGUGCUUCCCCACAGGAGCUCUGUGAGAAGGCUCACAGGCCCCCCUUCUGCUGAGGGGCCCUUGGUGUCCCCAGUGUGGGCUCUCCUGUGGAGCACAGGGCUGCUAUCUGCAGGAUGAUCCCGCUGUGCCUGUGCCCAGCCAAGUGCUGGGGCACCCCUCACUUCGAGCCCCAGGCUGUGCUCUGACCCAGAGCCGCACCCUCCCGUAGGGGAUUUCCAUGUGGCCAACUCCAACUCCCCAAGCCCCGACAUGUCCCCAUCGUCCCUGCCAUGUCCCCUGCCCUGGGCAAGGGGAGUUCAGCUCCAUCAUAUUCCCACCGGUAGCACUCAGAUGCCCCAAGCCUGGCUGGGAUCUGCUGGUCCCUGCCCAGACCUCCCCCCAGCCCACCCAGCCUUGGAGCCUCCAUGGCCCCUGUGCUGAUCCUCCCUCUCCUCACCUGCAGCUGUGGCUGGGCCAGGAUGUCAGGUUUGGCAGGAGGCUGCUUGGCUGCUUUUGAGCCUAAGAGAACAACCACAAAAGACAGGAAAAUUACUAAAUUAAACACCCCUGCACACAAAUGCUAAUGAGCAGGAGCAGCUCCUUAGACCUCGACCUGAGGCACUAGUGGAUGAGUCCAAGUGGGGUCUUGAGGAGGUUCAACCAGAAACUUUUUUAAGUGAUAGGAAGAAAAUGUGUUUAUUCUGGUUCUGGGUUAUUCAGAGAAUAUCUCAUAGUAAGGAGAAAGUGGAUUAUGGGAUGCUGAGGGAGAGCCCGGGAAUGCAGGACUAGGGAAUAUUCAAAGGAAGGGGAUGGGUGGGGAAGGGACAGGCAUGGGAAAAUGGGGAUGGGGGAGAAUCAUAGAAUCACAGAAUAGUUUCAGUUGGAAGGUACCUUAAAGAUCAUCUCAUUCC